AUGGGCAAACGCAGAAUAAGUUACUUUUACGACGGUGAUGUUGGGAACUUUUACUAUGGUCAAGGGCAUCCAAUGAAGCCACACAGAAUACGUAUGACACAUUCUUUAUUGUGUUCUUAUGGCAUUUAUCAAAAGUUGGAUGUGUUUGUAAGUUAUUUUAAAUUUUACAUUUGGUUUUAGCCUUUAAGCAGAGAUCUUUUUCGAAAUUACGAAUGAUAUUUUAGAGGCCAGAUCCAGCGACUUUCGAGACCUUGACGACGUUCCAUUCAGAUGAUUACAUCAAUUUUCUGAAGGACAUCAGGCCUGACAAUAUCUCAAACUUUGGGAAUUCGAUGCAGAACUUUAAUGUUGGUGAAGAUUGCCCAGUCUUUGACGGUUUAUACGAAUUCUGUUGUAUAUCAAGUGGAGGAAGUUUGGGUAAGCUUUUCUUUACUUUUUUUGAUAUUUAGGCAAUUAUUGGAAUAUUUUACCAAAAAGAAUGACCUAAUUCAUCUAAAACAAUUUUUAUCUAAUGCCCUACCUAAAACAAUAUUUUUUGUAGCCGCAGCAUCGAAGUUAAACCUUGGAGAAGCAGAUAUAGCAAUAAAUUGGAUGGGUGGACUUCACCAUGCGAAGAAAUGCGAAGCUUCUGGAUUCUGUUACACAAAUGAUAUUGUACUUGCUAUAUUGGAGCUGCUGAACUAUCAUCAGCGUGUAUUGUACGUGGAUAUUGACAUUCAUCAUGGGGAUGGUGUUGAGGAGGCUUUUUACACAACAGAUCGAGUAAUGACAUGCAGUUUUCACAAAUAUGGUGAAUAUUUCCCGGGAACAGGAGAUAUCAGGGUAGGUGCAUAUAUUUUGGGUGAUAUUUUGAAGUUGAUGGCUUUGAAAGUAUUAUAACUUGUUUUAAAAUGUUAAAUGAUAUAUUGUUUUGCUUGUAAAAGUUGUCUUAAGUCAGUCAGCAUUUUUAUUUUGUUCUACGGAUCGAAACCUUAUGUUACACUUGAUUUCAGGAUGUCGGAGCAGGAGAAGGUCGAUAUCACGCUCUAAACUUUCCGCUACGUGAUGGAAUUGAUGACGCCACAUAUGAGUCGAUAUUUGCACCAGUCAUGACAAAAGUGAUGGAGCACUUCAGGCCCAAUAUUGUAGUACUUCAAUGUGGAGCAGACUCACUGACUGGAGAUCGUUUGGGCUGCUUCAACUUGACAGUAAAAGGUCACGGUAGAUGUUUAGAGUUUCUGAAGAAGUUUAAUGUGCCAAUAUUGAUGUUGGGUGGUGGUGGAUACACGAUCAGGAAUGUGGCGAGGUGCUGGGCAUAUGAGACUAGUGUUGCUUUGGAUGUGGAGCUUUCUAACAGUGAGUUGAGGACCUAUUGAGUGAUUUGUGGAAGGAUUUUAUGUAGAAAUGAAGUGGGAACCUUUAAACAAAUUUAUUUUUAAUCUUCCAGAUAUUCCAUACAACCCAUACAUUGAUUACUAUGGUCCAGACUUCUUGUUACACAUCACACCAUCGAAUAUGCCCAAUCAUAAUACUCGGGAAUACCUGGAUAAGGUCAAAAUUGAACUGUUUGAGUCGCUAAGACAACUUGAUGCUGCUCCUUCAGUUCAAAUGAAAGGUAACGAGCAGGUUUUGGAAAAUAUUAGGUUGUUCAAUUAAUUCUGAGCUACUAAUCUCCAAUAUUUGCUUUGAGAGGUGGCUCAGGAUUUUUUGAACAAUUCAAUACGUUUGUAGUUUUGAUUUUAACUUAAAAUUUUAAUGAAGUUACAACAAAAAAAUGACUAAAGGACCAAAUGUAUAAAUGAUAUCAAUUCCAGAAACCCCAACCACCAGAAUUGACAAAACCGCGGCGAUAGACGCGGCCGAUCCAGAUAUUCGCCUACCCGAUGCCAUUUCUGAUGGUAUUGUGGAAGCGAAUGGAGAAUAUUACGAUAACGAGAAGGAGGGCGGAGAUGUGAGGAAUCAUCAGAGCUUCAAACGACAAGCAUCACCAGUGCUGGAUGGAGCCAAACGGCCGAAAGAAGAAGACGAACUGGUGUAGGUGCUGUUGUUAACAGCCUGUUGCUACGGUUAGGGGUACUGUAGAUGUCUUACUGUACAGUUUUUUUUGUAAUUUUCUCCGUAAUGAUCUUCAUGUUUUGGUAACAAUAUUCAAGAGUUUUUUUACAAAAUAAUUGAUUUAUUAGGUUGUUCAAAAAAUUCUGAGCCUUUUGAUUAGCUUGUUCAAAAAAUUCUGAGCUACUCUCAAAGCAAGUUUUGCGGGAUCAGUUGGCUCAGAAUUAUUUGAAGAACCUAUUAUAAUAAGCUACAUUUACAAGGUUUUUGAUCUACUUAUUACCUAAAACAAUAUAAAGGGUAAAGUAACUUUCAAGUAAAUUCAUUAUUGCCUAAAGCAAUGUUGUCUAACCCAUUCUUUAUGUUAUUAUCACCUAAAACAAUAUAAGUGAUUUUUUUAUCUUUUCCUACAAAAUUUUGGUAAUAACUACAAUUAUUAGGUUGUUCAAAUAAUUAUGUGCUCUUUAACUUCGAACAAUUGUUUUGGGAAGGGCACAGAAUUAUUUGAACAACCUAACACUACAAUCAAAACACAUUUUCUUAAGGUGAAUAUACCUAAUGUUGAUGGUCUCGUUCUCUAUUGUAAAGUUUAUAUUAUGUUUCGGAUUUGAAUGAUAUUACUCUCACAUUUUGUAUUUUAACGUUAUUUUGAUUCAUUUAAGGUUUAUUAAAGGUUUUUUUAUUAAUAUAAAUGGAUUUAAAACGAUAUUGUAGUAGAUUUUGGUUUAUGUGUUGAACAACACUGAAAUACUUGCAUUGUUUUGUUUUUAUGACACUUUUUUUGUUGUUUCAGGUUGACUUUUUAGGUUAUUUUGUUGAUUUUUGAAGGUUUUUUUAAUAUUUGGUAUAGUAUCUUAGGUUCAAUUUUAUGGUUUUUUGAGUUAUUUUAGCGAUUUUGAUAUGCUAAUUUAUAUUUUUUUAUGUUUAGAUAUAUCAUCUUAGUUUUGUUUGUUAUUUUACUUUGGUUUAGGGUAUUGUUUUGUGUGUUUUUGGUUUUUCAUGUUAUAUUAUAUUAGAUUGUUCAACUAUCGGCACAGGGUCGUGGUAUAAAAAUUUUGACUCAGCUUGGUCAAAACAAUUCUAGGGUUGGCUUGGUUCGUUUUAAAAAGGAAAAAUUUUUAAAAAUUGGUUUUGGCUUGUUUUUCAAGCCCAACUCGUGGACCAACUUUUAAGCCCGGACCGUUUCAACUUUAGAUCAAGGCCGAUCCGAUUGUAGGGCUGGGCCUACACGUCCAAUUUCUCACCCUUAGCUAUUUUUUGUUAUUUUUCUAAAAUUUUUGUUUAUUUAUGUUGUUAUUCAUAUUUCUAGCGGUUUUUUACUUUCAUUACCUUUAGCAUUUUCUAAUUUAACUUUAUAUUCAUCAUUAUUUAAUAAUCCUCCUUAACGAUCUCAUACUUUCAGAGCAAGAAUGGGCGAAGCCGAUGAAGAUAAGAGGCAAGAGACGGGCGAUCGCUUCUACCUCCGUUACUACGUCGGCCACAAGGGAAAGUUCGGUCAUGAGUUCUUGGAAUUCGACUUCCGACCAGACGGCAAACUUCGCUACGCCAACAACAGUAACUACAAGAAUGACACCCUGAUCAGGAAGGAGUGCGUCGUCUCGAAGUCGGUGUUGAACGAGCUGAAGCGCAUCGUCAUGGACUCGGAUAUUUUGAUGGUAGGUGUUUUUUUGGGUUGGUUUGCUUUUGUGAUAUGCAGUAUGGGUAUUUCUUUGGUACUAUUGAGUAUUAUUAUGAAAGAGGUGCUAUUUAGUACUAUAUGAAAAUACUAUUUCUAACUGUUUUAAGCUUCAUAUUUCACAUUUUUAAUACCUAAAAUUGCAGGAAGACGACACAAAAUGGCCAGAACCGGACCGUGUCGGCCGUCAAGAGUUGGAGAUCCUGAUCGGCGACGAGCACGUCUCAUUCACAACCUCCAAGAUCGGCUCCCUGAUGGACAUUCAGGACAGUGAGGACGCGGACGGGCUGAGAUGCUUCUACUAUCUGGUACAAGACCUCAAGUGCAUGGUCUUCUCUCUGAUGGGACUCCACUUCAAGAUCAAGCCAAUCUAA